AUGGACCCGGAUCGUGCCGCUCGUUUUCCUUUGGCCAUUCAGCGUUUGAAAAGGGCAUAUUUGAAUGGCGAAAACGUCAUGGAUUUGAAAGAAUUCAUAUUUGAAUGGCGAAAACGUCAUGGAUUUGAAAGAAUUCAUCACCCGCCAAUAGAGCACCCCGACUACUGGGAUGAAGAACUUGCUAGUGUGCGCGAUCAACUCUUUUGGUAUCAUUCUGACUGGUUUCUCAUUUGGUGUCAAGCACCGCUCGAAAAAGUCUCGCGAGAUAUGGCUCACGAAAUUGCGGCCCUCCCACUACCGCUUCGUCGAGAGAGGCUUCAAUUUCCCCCGGAAAAGGCCGAAUGUCUGCCACACGGUUGUCCCCUGCCUCCGAAUACUGCUGUGGAUGAUUUCUGGCAUUGGUCGAAAGAGACCGUUUUGUCAUGGAUGGCUCUUGUCAUCCCUCAAGAACACCAAAACGGUGUUAUUGGGCGUCUCCGAGAAGUGGAUUUGGAUGGAGGCUGGCUUCCGGAGCUGGCCAAGGAACAAACCAUCAAAAACGCUCUGAAUCUCACCGACACCCAGCACAUGUUUCUUCAAGGAUUCGCUAUUAAAGUAAUAAAUAGAUAUCACGAUCGAGCAUAUGCUCGUGAAGUGAAGGAAUACGAAAAAUAUGUAUCUUGGGUUCACAGCUUUCUUCAUCACUUGGAUGAGUUUUGA